CUUCUGGCGUCAGUCCGCAGAAGCUCCGAGUAAGUCAUAUAGAGCUUGAGUAAGUCUGAUUCCACGUCGUCUUCGUCUCCCGAAUAUACCAAAAAUGUACACUUCCCUCGUUGUUGCCGCUGCGGCGGCCUUGCUGUCGUCCAGCGCUCAGGCGCAGACCAUCAACGUUACCUCCACGCCAGCAACAGGGUUCAUCAACUAUACCACUGUGACCGGCUACUUCUUACAAGACAACCCGACCACGAACGCCAGUACCUUUGAUUAUACUGCCACCAACUUCGGCCUCAUCAACCGAACCUACGACGCUACCUCAGGUGUCAACACUACCCUGACCCAAUGGCAGAAGUUCGCGCUCCAGGUCGAAUGGCUCAACAAUAACGCUCCGCUCAACACUGUCUACAAGGUCAUCUGGUUCGGCAGGCACGGCGAGGGAUAUCACAACGCUGCUGAGACCUUUUACGGCACACCUGCGUGGAACUGUUACUGGGCUGAACUCAACGGCAACGCAACCGCCAACUGGGCUGACGCCGACCUCACGCCAAACGGCAUCAAUCAAGCCCUCGUCGCCCACAACUUCUGGGCUCAGGAGAUUGCCAUCCAGAAGAUCCCGUUCCCGCAGUCCUACUAUACUUCUCCGUUAACACGCUGCCUUCGCACCGCAAACUUGACCUUCAGUGGCCUUAACCUGCCAGCCUACUACCCAUUCGUUCCAACUGUCCGCGAGCUCUUCCGAGAGGGCAUCUCUCUCCAUACCUGCGACAGACGCAGCAACCGAACCUAUAUCCGCAACCGCUUUCCAACAUACAACAUUGAUGCUAGUCUCACAGAAUAUGAUCAGCUCUGGAAUGGUGUCACCGCAGAGACGAGCGCGGCACAAGACGCCCGCAGCCGUAUCGCGCUCGACUCAGUCUUUAGUGACGAUGACCACACCUACAUCUCAGUGACCAGUCAUAGCGGCGAGAUCGGUUCGAUAUUGAGAGUGCUGGGCCACCAGCCCUUUUCACUCAGCACGGGCGCCGUGAUUCCGGUGCUCGUCCGCGCGCAGUUUGUGCCUACUGGCCUACCUUACAGCAUGCCCGCCUACACAGUGUCGACGCACUGUGCAGCCCCGCCAGUCACCAGCAUUGGCAGUCUGGCGCAGGGCUGUGUCUGCUCUGGCACUGCAGUGGGCGGUAUCACUUCGCGCAUCGAUACCAUCGCUUCGGACUACCCAUCUGGCGCAGGCUUCCAGGCGAGUACUGCGCCCACCGCUACCACGUCCUCAAGCGGCAGUCGAGCGUCAAGUGGUGGCGCUUCCGCCAGUGCGUCGGCAGCUGCACCGUCCACCAGCACCAACCGGGCGUCGAGUGGUAGCCCUUCCCCCAGUGCGUCGGCAAGUAUCAGCCUUUCGACGAGCACAGGCAGCCUAGCGAGCGUCAGUGGCUCUGUGAGUAGCAGCCGUGCUGCGACCACUAGCCCAUCGACGACUACACCACCAACGAGCAGCGGCAGCUGUGCGACCAUCUGCAGCCCGACGAACUUCCAGACAUGGGGUCCUGGAGGCUGGGGUCCGGGAUUCUGGGGUGAGCGGCCUGGAGGAUGGUGAAAAGUCGACUGCGGUGGGUCGUAUCCCCAUCAUGUAUGUAGUGGCGAACGAUAGACAUGUGGCACCCUUGUGGUGAAGAAUAUGUACACAGUUUAGCUUACGAAAGACAUGACAAGCGUGACGAU